ACCAUGCUAUACAACACAGAGUGAUCUCCAAUGACUCCUAAUGUAUACGUGUGGAUUUUUAUAUAAAAGCUGACUAUUUUAAUUAUUUAUAUUAUGUAUUAUUUAUGCGCGAUAAUUAAUCCCGUAACGAAGAGAAUGACCUUUUAUAAAUUCAUUCGCUUGUACAAUCAGUUUAGCAACAACAAACCUGCUAAUUUAAUCAGGAAAGAAUUUUUAGAUUAUUUUUCCAAAGAUUUAAAACACAGUAUUAUUCGUUCCAGUCCUGUCUCUCCAAUUGCUGAUCAAUCACUAGCAUUCAUCAAUGCUGGUAUGAAUCAGUUUAAAGGGAUCUUCUUAGAUUAUCACAAACCACCUGCGACAAAGGUUGUCAAUUCACAAAAGUGUAUUAGAGUUGGUGGGAAGCACAAUGAUUUAAGUGUUGUUGGUAAUGAUAGUUAUCAUCAUACAUUCUUCGAAAUGCUUGGCAAUUGGUCCUUUGGAGAUUAUUUUAAAGAAGAUGCUUGCACAUAUGCUUGGAAUCUUCUAACAAAUGUGUAUGGUAUACCUAAAGAAUAUCUAUAUGUAACAUAUUUCGGUGGAAAUGAGAAGUUAGGCAUGGGUCCAGAUCUGGAAUGCAAGAAUAUUUGGUUAAAACUUGGUCUUCCAGAAUGCAAAAUUCUACCUUUUGAUAUGAGAGAUAAUUUCUGGGAAAUGGGUAUAUCAGGUCCUUGUGGACCUUGCACAGAAAUACAUGUAGACUAUAUGAAACGAAAUACUAAUCAAGCUGCACGAGUGAAUAAAGGAUAUGCAGAUCUUAUGGAAUUGUGGAAUAUAGUUUUUAUACAAUACGAAAGGCUUGCAAAUGGAUGUAUAGUACCUUUACCAAAACAUCAUGUUGAUACAGGCAUGGGACUUGAACGAUUAGCCACCUUUCUACAAGGGAAAAAAUCAAAUUACGAUACAGAUCUUUUCCAGCCAUUAUUUGAUGCGAUACAAAAGCAUUCGAACACGCCAAAAUAUAAAGGGACAUUUGGCGAUGAUGAUACAGGCAAACUUGACUAUGGUUACAGAAUUCUCGCCGAUCACGCGAGAAUGGUUUCUGUUGCAUUAGCUGAUAAUAUGUUACCUGAGCAACAACAAAAACUACGAAGAAUAUUACGAAAUGCUAUAGAUGUGGGAGAGAAAAUAUUCAAAAAACCUGGCAUAGUUACUGAGCUCGCCUGCACUGUAGCUGAUAAUUUGAGUGCAGUUUAUCCAGAAUUGCACAAUAAUCUGAAACAGGUACAAAGGAUAAUAGACUUUGAGGAAGAUCUAUUCAAAAGGUUGCGGGAUACUUCUGGUAAAAGGUGGAAUAAGAUGAUCGAAGUUCGUCCUGAACUAGCAUCAAUCACUGAUUGGAUGGCUCCUGGUCUAGUCGAUGGCUACAAAGAAUUGCAAUCCAUAUUGAAAGACUUGCGUAAAACUAACGUGUUACCCGGAACUGUCGCAUUUAAGCUGUAUGAUACAUAUGGCCUUAAUUCAGAAACUAUAGCGGAAUUAGCACAAAUUGAGUCAUUACAUUUUGAUGAAAUCGAUUUUGAAAAGCAACUUGAUAAUUGUAGACAUCAAUCAAGAGUUGGAUUAGAUAAAUGUAGCAUACUUACUAAGGAAUCUUUGAGAAUACUUGAAGAAAAUCACGUACCUAAAACAAAUGAUUCAUUCAAAUACAAUUAUACAUACAAUGGAAAUAAUUAUGAAUUUCCAGCACUUAAUAGCAAAAUUAUUGGUAUUAUUAUCAAUGCUAAUAUCUAUUUUAUAGGUGAAUUAGUUAUAAAUAAAAAUUAUUCCGAAACUACAAAAAUUGAUAAUGUUAAUAAUAGAAAAGCUAUAAACAUUAAAGAGAUAUUAAACAAUACCGAUGCCGAUGAAAUCGGCAUUAUAUUGGAUAAGACUGUAUGCUAUUCAUCAGAAGGUGGCCAAGUUUCAGAUAAAGGAAAUAUUUAUAUCAAGAAUCUACUUUUCAACAUAGACAAUGUUAGAAAAGUAAAUGGUUAUGUGAUUCAUUCUGGAUAUUUUGUCAACACAGAUUUACCUACAUCAGAACUUUAUUUACAAAUGGGAGACGAUUGUUUAGUCAAUAUAGAAACAAAUAUUCGUGUUGGAGCCAUGAAACAUCAUACAGCAGCACAUUUAUUGAAUGCAGCCUUAAAAAAAGUUAUGCAAGUAGUGUAUCAAAGUGGUUGUACAGUCAAUGUGGAUAAUUUAAAAUUUCAAUUUAAUUCAUUUGGUGAGCAAUUUACGUUAGAACAAAUGAGAAUAAUAGAAGAUUGCAUUAAUAAUAUCAUACAAACCCAUGCUGCAACAACUGUACAAACUUUAAAUUUACUUGAGCUAUUAAAACAAGACAAUGUUACAUUGAUUCCUGGAGAAAUAUAUCCUUAUACAGGCAUUAGAAUCAUAGAAAUCAAUACUGACAAUUUGAAAGCAAAGGAAACGUGUUGCGGCACUCAUGUACAUAAUACAAGUGUUUUGCAACACUUUUGCUUUUUAACAUAUACCUCAAAGGGAGCAACAAAGCGCACUGUUAAAGCUGUUGUCGGCCGAGAGGCUUUACGUAUAAAACAGGCUGGUGAUAAAAUAUGUCGGAGAAUUGCGGAGCUAGAAGAAACGUUAAAAAGUGGCAAAUUCACAUAUGAACAAUUUAAGGAAGAAAUAAGCCGAAUAAAACAAGAAAUUAAUGAUUCAAAUAUGCAAAUAUCAUAUUCUUAUCUAACUAAAGAGAAAUGCUUAACACACCUAGAAAAUUUGAGUAAAGCAAUAUGGUUGCAAGAGAAAGAAAUCGAGAAGACUUCUAUAAUUCGUGAAAUCACUGAUACCAUGGAUUCAUCGUCUUGUUUUAUCGUACAUUGCCUAAAUAAAAAUCCAAUAUAUUUGUCAUUGCAUGAAGUUAUAUCUCUCUUUUCUAAAGUACCAAUAUUAGUACUAUCCAGUACCAAUGAAUCUGUAAGAGCAAGAUGUUCUGUACCACAGGAAAUGGUUUCUAACGCAUUUAAUGCACAAAUCUGGAUGGAUGUCGUCCUUCAAAUUUUUAAUGCAAAGCAAGGACCUAUUAAAGGAUUAAAACCAAUGUUAGUUGCAAGUAUGAAAUCUACACAGGUGUCACAGGAUUUUCAGAUACAUAUAGAAAAAGCAGUGACCGAGGCUACUAAAUUUGCAUCCAUGCAUAUAAGAAAGAUAGAACUUACUAAUAAAAAUCGAUAGGCGAUUGUACUUAUUAAAAAUAAUUAUGAUUAGCGCUAGAAAUAUAAUUGUAAUAAAUUCAUAUUUAUGAUAGAUUAUUUUAUGUUUUCACUCUUACUUUGCUUCGUUUAAGUUAGCAAAUACAUAUGAUGUAUAUAGAUAGUGUAUCUAAUUAUAAAUGAUCAAAAUUUAUUUAUCUAUUUGUACAUUAUCUCCAU